AUGAUUGAGUAUUUGCGUUUCUUGCCACUGGAUCAAGCCUUGACCAUUGCAGAAUCCAUUCCUCUCAUCCAUCUUUCGAAGGAGUUCUCAACUGCAUAUUAUGUUCUUGUUGAUAAAGUGAUUAAUUUUGAGGUUAACUCCCGAAAAACCUCCAUUACCAAGGCUCGAUUCUGCAAAAUGCUAGGAUUUGGUAUGCCUGACGGCCUGGUUGAUCCUAAUUCCAUUUCUUUGGUUGAUCUCAUUCACAUGUUUAACCAAUUAGCCUAUAAUGAAUUAGAAGCUCAAGAAAAGGAAGCUAUGGAUGCAAAAGUCACUCUAAAAACACACGAAUCCCUUUUUCCUCCUUGGACCAUGGAAAGGAUUCUGAAUGAGGUUGUUAACAAUCCAAUCCUACAUUGGUUCAAGCCUAUGGUAUCCUUUGAACUGGUUAACUCGGUUGAUUCUCAGUUUGAUUUUCCUGUUACUCCAAGAUCAUUCCUAUUCAGAUGCUUUGAGCAAAUUGAGAAAGCACCACUUUCGGAUUAUCACGUCAAUCAUAAGUUCUUCUCUUUUUAUAUCAACUAUGAGAAGCCACAAUUGCAAAUAUGGAGCUUACAAAUGAUGGUUGCUAUAAAGGUUUAUGCACCUUUCUCGGUUGAUGGCUUAAUCAAUGUCAAGUUUAAAGGAUACAAGGGAUCAAUUCGUACUGAAUUUGAUUUCACUCUUGCUAAUCUUCCAUGUAUGAAUCCAAAUGACUAG